AUGGAUAUUUUAGGAAGGCUAACUGAACGGAUCAGUUACGAGUUGAACCGUCCUGCUAAUGAGAAUACCACCCAUGCGUUGAUUCGGUUCUAUUUGAAGGAUCAAUCGUUGUCUGGCUUUACCAACUAUUGUGGGGCAUUUGGAUUGAAACGAGAUGUCAUUGUUAAAGACUUACACACCAUGAUCAGUGAUAAUGUAGAACUAUUGAAGUAUAAUGUGGAUCUGGGUAUGGGCGCUGGAGCUGGAGCUGGAGUUGGGGCCCCGAAGAGUGGAGUGAAAAAGAAAAAGAAACCGCUAUUGUUCGAUUUGGAAGAGAUGGAAGGUGAUGAAGAAAAUGUCAAGGAAAUUAAACAAGAUGAUAAGCCAUUAAAGCCAAAAUUCAAGAAAAUGAAUAGGGAUAAGGCCAAAAGAAUUAAAGAGGAAAAAUUCAUUAGUACAAAGGUGGAGGAAACGAAAGAAGAGGUACCGAAGAAAAAUAUUGAAGUGGGAAAUGUUAAAAAAUCAAUGUCACUUUCUGAAUUAGCAGAGAAGGAAAGAGUUGGAAAGGCUCAGAAAGAGGAGAAUUCCUCCCUCCCGGACAAAAAAGAUGACGAGCUUUCAAACUAUUCAGAUACUUCAGAUAUUGAGAACGAUCGUGAAUGGUACACUACGGACGAGUUCAAUACGGUUGCACAAGACUAUGACGAUGCUAGCGAAGUGGUCAACUCAUAUGAGAGUCAUUCUCGGAGAUCGAGAGAAAUAGCGAGCUCGAGACACUACGAUAAUAGUCUUACCGGUGGUGGGUUUGACUCUACUGGUCAAUACAUUGACCAUGACCAUCAAAACUCGAGUCUGUCCUCCAAUGACCUAUCAAGAAUCCCACUAGUAUCGCAUUAUCUUGUCCCUCCAUUCCUCACAGACUCAAAAGAAUAUCUCUCGGUGGUGGUGUCCAAUUUGGGACCUACUAUCGAUCCAGUCAGAGAACCACUGUCCGAAUUAGCAGUUACCGCCCACCAAGGGAGUGCUAUAGUGAAGGAUAAGAAAUCUAGAGAGGAAAGAGCAAAGAAAGCUAAAGAACGUUCGGACCUCGCAGGGACUGCCUUGGGUAAUGUAUUGGGGAUCAAGGAUUCGAAGGACAAGGAGGAGGAGGAAGAGGAUAAACGAGACUCUCAUGUUGGAGACACUCCCCUGGAAAUAUCUAUGAUGGAACAACGUCGAAAUCUCCCGGCUUUCUCAGUAAGGGAACCGUUACUUCAAACAAUCAGAGACAAUCAAGUUACUAUUGUCAUUGGUGAAACUGGGUCUGGUAAAACAACGCAAUUGACUCAGUUUCUCUACGAGGAAGGGUAUGGAAAAGGAAGUCAAUCACGUCUUAUUGGAUGUACUCAACCACGUCGUGUGGCCGCGAUGUCUGUAGCUAAGCGUGUGAGUCAAGAAAUGAAUUGCAAGCUAGGGGAAGAAUGUGGGUUUUCAAUCAGAUUCGAAGAUAAAACCAAUCCAAAGACUACUGUGAUAAAAUAUAUGACUGAAGGUAUUCUACUUCGUGAGGUCUUAGUAGAUCCAAAUCUUGAUAAGUAUAGUUGUGUGAUUAUGGAUGAAGCGCACGAGCGACUGUUGAAUACAGACGUUCUCUUGGGGCUAUUUAAACAGGUUUUGGCCAGAAGAAGCGACUUGAAAUUGAUUGUCACAAGUGCCACCAUGAAUGCCGACAGAUUUGCAAAGUUUUUCGGAGAUGCUCCACAGUUCACAAUUCCAGGAAGAACAUAUCCGGUUGAUGUCUUGUACAGUAAGUCUGGAGUUAGCGACUAUGUUGAUGCAGCUGUCAAGCAAGUUGUGGGGGUUCAUUUAGGCAAAUGGAGAGAAACUGUCAAGCAAAUUGAAGAUCAAAAAUUAUUGGAAGAUCAAAGCACAACAAUGGGAGGAGAAACUGAUACAACCAAUAAGCUCAAAGGAGGGAAUGAUGGAGAUAUUCUUGUUUUCAUGACUGGUCAAGAAGACAUUGAAACUACCUGCUCACUUAUCGAGUCCAAACUCUCAAUUCUUGAUUCACCCCCACCAUUGGAUGUGCUCCCUAUCUAUUCGACUCUUCCAGCAGACGUUCAAAACAAAAUUUUUGCAGCACCAAAUCCAAACAGACGGAAGUGUGUAGUGGCAACAAACAUUGCAGAAACUUCCCUUACUGUUGAUGGGGUUAGAUACGUCAUCGAUACUGGACUUUCUAAAAUGAAGGUUUACAACCCAAGACUUGGAAUGGAUGCACUUCAAGUGGUGCCAAUCUCGGUUGCAAAUGCACAGCAACGUAGUGGGCGUGCUGGGAGAACGGCUCCAGGAAUAGCAUACAGACUAUAUACCGAGAGAGCCACUGAAUCAUCACAAAUGUAUCAACAACCAAUUCCUGAAAUCCAGCGUACAAACUUGAGUAAUGUCAUGCUUCUUCUCAAGUCAUUGGGCGUCAACGAUAUCCUCAAAUUCCCGUUUUUGGACGAACCUCCUCGUGAUUUAUUGGCAUGUUCAUUGUAUGAGCUUUGGGCAAUGGGGGCGCUAGACAACUUGGGAGAUUUAACCCCAAUUGGCCGAUCCAUGGCGCAAAUUCCUAUGGACCCGGCAUUAGCAAAGUUAGUUUUACUUUCCUGUAAGCCUGAAUUUCUGUGUUCCGAUGAAGUUAUUACAAUUGUGGCAAUGUUAUCGGUCCCUAGUGUCUGGUUUAGACCCAAGGAAAGAGCUCAAGAGGCUGAUAGGGCCAGAGAGCGAUUCUUAGUCGGUGAACUGGACCAUUUGACGUUAGUUAACGUUUAUAAACAAUGGAGAAAUGCAAAGAGAUCAAGCUCGUGGUGUGCACGUAAUUUCCUUCACCAUAAGUCUCUUUUACGAGCCCAUGAAGUGAAACAACAAAUGAUAUCUAUCCUUCAAGCUGCUAAAUUACCGAUUGUUUGCAGCAAAUCAGAUGAAAUAAUUCGGAAAUGUAUUUGUGCUGCAUAUUUCCAUCAACUGGCUAAGCUUUCCAAGUCAAAUAUUACUGGAGGGGGAACAUCGGAGUUUAUUCACAUUCGUCAUAAUUAUAUGAAAAUGUAUCUCCAUCCUACGUCUGCAUUAAAUGGAGACCUUGCCCCAGCAUAUGUGGUAUAUCACGAACUUAUCUUGACCAACCGAGAAUAUAUGAGUUGUGUCACGGCGGUAGAUCCUAUUUGGCUUUUGGAAUAUGGAUAUAUAUUCUAUGGAGUACUGAAAGCUAUCGAGGCCAAAAUACAUAAGGUCAGUGAUAUACAUUUGGUUACAAAAGAAGAGCUUGAACAACAAUUAUCCGAGGAUGAGAUUAAAUGGAAAAAGAGAUCAGAACAACAAAAGUUCAAAAGAAAGAAGGUUAUUACCGUGGAACAAAAUACUAGUAGAGCACGAAGGGCUUUCUAA